AUGAACCAUAAUGGUCAUUAUGUCUAUCUGCUUGUAUACGUUGACGAUAUCCUUGUCACAGGAAGCUCCUCCUCGCUGGUUCAACGGAUCAUUGAAGACAUUGCUCGCAAGUUCUUCAUUAAAGACAUGGGUGCGCUUGGGUACUUUCUUGGGCUAAAAGCUAUACGGACACCUAAUGGCUUGCAUCUGAUGCAACGGAAAUAUAUCACAGAUCUUCUCAACAAGGUUGACAUGCUCCAUGCGAAGCCAGUAUCAACCCCUUUACCGUCGUCGCCUAAGUUGACUCUGAAUUCGAGCACGACUCUCUCUGAUCCGCAUGAGUAUCGCAUGAUUGUUGGAAGCCUGCAGUAUCUAGCUCUUACGCGUCCUGAUAUCUCCUAUGCCAUCAACAAGCUUUCUCAGUAUAUGCACCGUCCCACGACUGAUCACUGGCAAGCGGUAAAACGUGUCUUACGUUACCUCUCGGGAACUCUCACUCACGGCAUUUUCCUUCAGAAACAGAAGAACCCUAUGCUUCAUGCUUUCUCUGACGCAGACUGGGCUGGUGAUUCUGAUGACUAUGUCUCAACUAAUGCGUAUAUCAUCUAUCUUGGAAGUCAACCUAUCUCCUGGACUUCGAAGAAACAAAAGGGUGUUGCUCGAUCAUCUACGGAAGCUGAGUACCGUUCUGUUGCUAACACGGCUGCUGAAGUUCGUUGGGUUGUCUCUCUGCUACGUGAACUCGGCCUUCCCAUUCGGCAAACACCAACGAUCUAUUGUGACAACAUUGGUGCCACUUAUCUUUGA